CUGAGGCUAGUUCCUCUCUGGCGUUAGCGCACACAGUCCGUGGGCGGGCGAACCAGACUGGAAAAGCUGCGAUUAUCCCUCGCAGAGCUCGCAUUUUUAUUUCUUUCUUUCAAGGUCGACCAGCAAUGUCAUCGGUUAACCAGGAUACCGAGACGUUAUCGGAGCAGUGUGGUGAGACACAGGAAUCUCAAGACCCUAACUCAAAUCCUGUGAAGACAGAGGAGGCCAAACUAAAAGCCAAGUAUCCUAACUUAGGCCAAAAGCCAGGAGGAUCAGACUUCUUGAUGAAAAGACUUCAGAAAGGACAAAAGUACUUUGAUUCAGGGGACUACAACAUGGCCAAGGCAAAGAUGAAGAACAAGCAGUUGCCAGCAGCGACUGGUCCAGAAAAGAGUAUCGUCACCGGAGACCACAUUCCAACUCCGCAAGACUUGCCGCAGAGAAAGUCCUCUUUAGUCACAAGCAAACUGGUUGGCUAAUCACUACCUCAGGUCUUGAGUGACCCCGUCCCCAACCUUCUCUCCUCAGCUUCCAAGCUCCACCGGGGUUAGUUGCGCACUAUUUGCUUUAUAUUUGGGGUUGUAAGGCUUAGGUUAACCUCCUCUUCCAUCUCAACAGCUCUAGCCUGAUCCACCACCCUCUGCCCCCCUCACUGACCCAGCCCCACACAUCUGGGUAGGGAGCAAUCAGUUCAGUGAAGGGCCAGUCAAGGUGAGCGGCCUCUCUGGACUAUAAUGCACUUUAUGAUCUACUUACCCUCUACAUGAAUGAGAUCAAACUCUUUGUUCAAAACCGUGGAGACUACAGAAAUUCUAGUUAGAUGCCUAAUCAGUAUACCAAUGUCAUUUACAAGUUCAUGGAGACGAUUCUCUUUGUUCUUUGUUAUAAUCAGCUUACGAUUGUUUUGUAAUAGCUUGUAGAAAUCAUGUAGAUUUGGCACCAAAUGCAUGUUGGCAACCUCUGUAAUUGUUCAUUCUGAUCUGAUGAUAUAAUGUUUGUGCUUACAAUUUUAAGUUACUAACAUCUAUCUGCACAUCAAUGGGCUAAAGUUAUUAUGGGAGUAGAGCAAAAUGUAUAUUUAUGUGCCAUGAUAAUCAAAAGUGCUUAAAUUAAGGAACUGACCCAGCACAAACCUGAAUAUGUUCCUGAAGCUUCAGGGCACCUGAUUUCACAUGGUUUAGCAAAACCAUGUAGCCUUGUACUGAAUGGAUAUGUGGAAUAGCUCAGGCUCAUUUAGCUUGGGCAUUGAUAUACUUAUUGACCAUAAAUACUAUUGUAAAUUAUUUGUUUUUUUUCUCUGCAGUAUGGAACAGGCCAGGAAUUAACAGCAAAGUAGUUAUGUGUUGAACUGAGAAACUAAGAGGCUACACAGGCAGGAUGAGAAAUUGUAUGUGAUGAUUUUGAGUAAUUUAACUGAAUGGCUGUAUCCAGCUAAGAACUGUCGGCAUAAAACUCGUUAUCCUGGCGUUUACAUGUGUAGAUUUCCAACCAGGAAUAAGUUAAAUGAGGGAGGAGAUUUUUAGCUGUAACCUAGCUUUUGCUCUAUGGGACACCAAAGUCUGAGUUCAGAUCUUGAUGAAAGAAAUCUUAAUUUGGACUUAAUUAAAUACUAAAAUACACCUAAACCAGAGGGCAGGAUAUUAUUCCCUUAACUCUUAUUAUAUUGCAUUCCCUUAACUCUAGUUUAAAACCCUCUUUGAAUCAUUUCUCACGUAUGGGGUAAAUCAUCAAGUAAUCUUCAAGAACAUAAGAUCUCAUUGUACAUACAUUCAGUAUAUAUUCAGGGAAGAACACACUUUAACAACAUAGUUAUAUUCAUCAUCUGCAUAAGAAGUGGGAUUCUUUGUAAAAGUUUCAUGCUCCUCACACCCACAAGAAAGGCGAUGAAUGUUAUAAUUGUCACACGUAAGUUUGUUGUUGCUGUUAAUGUGGUGGAGGAAGGAAACUUGCAGGACGAAAGGUACGCUUUCUUGAGUGGUUGUUUAAGUCUGAAUGUUGUGUUUAUUUGAAUUAUGUACAUUGUACCAUAUCCUCUAUUAGCUGCUCCCAAAUUGUAAAUAGACAGUGCUUUUAUUUUAAUAUUUGUAAUUUGGGACCCACAUGAAAUGCAUGUGCCCUUUGCUGAUCACUCUGUAUGUCUGUAAACUUUUUUUUUUGCCCCCAUUGUUAUAAAAGGUAUCACUUUAGGUACCUUAUUAUACUGACCCACUGCACUGACCUCAUAUUUAUGUUUUUAUUGCAUCAUUUCCAUUGAUGUGAAAUCUGCCCAUCACAUCCUGGUCUGAACUACCCUGCAAAAAAUGUUGCAAGUAACAAAAUUGCAAAGUGUCAAUAUUGCAGUUUUGCUUAACUGGAAAACUGUAGUUUAGGGCAUACAUAUAACCGCUAUUAAUAAUGAUUUUAUCCUGGGUAAGCUUGUAGUGUAGCAAGCCCAGUUUCUCCAAUUACAUUGUGGCCAAGAUACAAAAAUACACAUAUACAAAUUUCUGUUCUUUUCUGCACGCAAAUGUGACGGAAGUGUCCGCAAUAAACUCUAACAUGGAUAAUAUGGAUCACCAUGCAGGUGAAAUCAUGAACUGGAAGUCUGUCUUUUUGUUUGUGUGAGUGUUCAUGCAUAAAACAAAACCACGUAUCAUUUUGAUCAUUUAUUUUCAUGGCACCUUGUUUUCUGUGGGGCCCUUCCUGAACGUGUCAGUAUUUUGUUUUUAUCUCAUAACCAUGUUUAUUCUCUUUUUUUCUUUAUUUCUGCAGUUAACUAGUGUGUUUUCCUCUGUACAAUUUUCUUUCUAUUAAUAAGAAUAUUUGUAAUGUUUUUGUUUUGUUCUAUUUUUUUGAAGAAUAGGUUGGAUUACAGAUGUAAGGCAUAUUCUCUUGACUAGAACGCUUAAGGAAAAAGUCCAGAUGGUGUAUACUAUCAUUAUUAUCAUCACAAACAAUUCGUAUCUAUAAUCUGGUUUCAUAGCAUUUUAUUUUAUUUUCAUUUGUGUGGGAAUUUUAUAGGAAAUGGCCAUGUAAUUUUCUUUGGGAAAAACUGCUUUUAGAAACAAGAAGAACUCUCAUGCAAAUAUUUUAUCUGAUUUGUUAAAACCUCUUAAUGCUUUUGAACAUAGAAUUUCACCUCACUGCAGCUUUAAUGUGAAUUGCCUCUCACACUGCUUGGACAUUUUGGAGUACCAAUACUGAUGUUAACUUUGAGUAUCAGUGUAUUCAGUGCUUUACAUGCACAAAAAGACAUGCAUGCACCAUACGCCUGUGUGUUUAUGAUUUAAGAAGACUGCACAUGAUUUUUGGGUUUGCUCUUGAUGAAAUAACACAGAAUUAAAAGAAAAGAGACAAGUGAUGAGGUGUGGAAAAGUGUCAUAAACUAAUGAAAUUAAACAGGUUCUGAAAGGUUGUGGGCGAAGAACUGAACAUUUUUGCCUGAAUCUGAAAUAAAGUUUUACAUUGACAUGA